UGUGAUUCACUAAAAAAACAAAACCCUAGUCAAGAUAAAUACAGCGCGUCUCAUCCCUUUAAUCGCCUCCCUAUUCUUUCUCUGCAGAUUCGAAAUUGUUCCGGUACCAAUUUAUACAGUGCUUACAAUGGCUGGAGGGAACCCAUGGAUAAGGCCCGAGGUGUUUCCACUGUUCGCGGCCGUUGGUGUUGCCAUUGGGAUGUGCGGGUUUCAGCUCGUCCGCAAUAUCUGCAUCAACCCUGAAGUCAGGGUGAACAAGGAGAACCGGACUGCCGGGGUUUUAGAGAACUUUGCGGAGGGAGAAAAGUAUUCUGAGCACUUCCUGAGAAAAUUUGUCCGCACCAGGGCCCCAGAAAUUAUGCCAACCAUCAACAGCUUCUUUGCUGACCCUAAGUGAAGCAAUUCAGUGAUGUUCAAAACUAAUGUCCUUAUUUCUUUCAUUGUUGGUUGUGAUAGAAGUUUGUGUCAACUUUCCUUUUAUGUCAAAUGAAAAUAAGAUCUGAAUAACUAUAAACUAUGAUUGGAGUUUGUACGGUUUGGACUUGGCAGUCUUGCAUCUGGAAACAACAUAAAGUUAAUUGAUAUAGUUCUCUUUA